UGUCUUGAACCGUCGCAGUUGAGUUUGGGAUGGCGUGAGUCGAGCGUGGUAAAUGAGUAGUUGCAAUGUGAUCGACAUAGUUUCUAAAGCAUGCCACAUGCUUGUCAUUGGCAUAGCUAUCCCGAUUAGUGGUGGGUUACCUUUUAUCUAUGCGUAUGAUGUACACGUUUCUCAAUUAUUCUAAGAUUAAACAAUUAGAGUAUAUUAUGGGAGUGGGCAUGUGCCCCUAAACUCAACUGUCAAGUGCCGUUAUUCUCACCUGACCAUGCUAACUCCAGACAUGGAUGGUGUGGGGGCUGGAGUUCUGCCGGUGGAUGGGGUAGAACUCUCGUUGGUGGAUGAGUCGGAAACAAUGCGCCUGCCAGAUGUGGUAGUGGAGACCAAAAUGCUGGCAGGCCCAAAAGAAUCAAACAACAAUGAGACCUACUUCUCAAUUGCUAUUCAGGUCUUCAUCCCCUUUCUCAUCGCAGGUUUUGGCAUGGUCGGGGCCGGCCUUGUUUUGGACAUUGUUCAGCACUGGGUGGUAUUUGAAGAUAUAACGGAGAUACUCAUUCUUGUUCUUGCUCUUCUUGGUCUAAAAGGAAACUUAGAAAUGACUCUUGCAUCACGUCUAUCAACACAAGCUAAUUUGGGACACAUGGAUACUCCUCGACAACAGUGGAGCAUGAUAGCUGGAAAUAUUACUUUAAUUCAGUGCCAGGCAACAGUUGUGGGAUUCCUUGCAUCAGUGGUGGCCAUUGUUAUGGGAGGAAUUAAAAGCAAAAGUGUUGAAUUAGACCAUGCAUUCCUUCUGUGUGCUAGUAGUUUAGUAACUGCUUCAUUGGCCAGCUUUGUUCUUGGUUUAAUUACGUCUGCAGUUAUUGUUUUUUCACGUCACUGCCACAUCAAUCCUGAUAAUGUGGCUAUCCCCAUUGCUGCAAGCCUUGGUGACGUGACUUCCCUUGCAUUGCUUGCUUGGAUUUCUACAGUAUUUUAUAAUGCAAUUGGAAAACAAGAUUGGCUAGCUCCGUUAAUUAUUGCUUGUUAUCUUCUUGUCACUCCACUCUGGGUAUGGAUUGCCAAGAAAAACAAGCAUACAAAAAGUGUGCUCUACUCUGGUUGGACCCCUGUUCUUGCUGCUAUGCUUAUUAGCAGUGUUGGAGGUAUGAUCUUGGAUGUAAUGGUUUCACGUCACGAGGGGCUUGCAGUGUUCCAACCAGUUAUAAAUGGUGUGGGGGGCAACUUGGUGGCUGUUCAGGCCAGUCGAAUCUCCACUGCCCUUCACAGAGACGCAGAACUUGGCACCUUAAUGGAUGAAGAAACUGUUAUCUUCAUCAGUCCAGGUGUUGGGUUCUGUGGAAAAAGUAGUCAUGCACGAACCGCUCGAGUGCUAAUGCUAAUGGUAGUUCCAGGACACCUCAUCUUCAUUUACACCAUAAAUUACAUAAAAUCUGAUAAUACAUCUUUAACACCCUUAUUUGUUUUUGUUUAUCUGUGUGCUGCCUUACUUCAGGUGGCAUUUCUUCUGUAUGUUGCCUACAUUAUGAUUCAUUGGAUGUGGAAACAUAAAAUUGAUCCUGAUAAUUCUGCAAUUCCUUACCUUACGGCAUUGGGAGAUUUAUUAGGAAUAAGCCUUCUUGCUGUUGCUUUCCAGUUACUGUACCUCAUGGGAGAUAAGAAUGCUGAGAUAGGGGAUUAAUAAAAAUCUAAGGGUAACAUUCAUGCUUCACAUUGUUCAUUGAUCCUGCCACUGGCUAGUCCAAAGUUUCUCUAGUGACAGGAUAAUGUUUAAAUGUUUCACAAUGGCUAUGAUGUCAUGACAGAAUUGUAAAUGUUGUUUGUGUGGGUGCUUCAUCUCAUAAUCAUUAUUUAGUUUCAUUUAGUCAUUUUGAUCCUUAAACUUAGAGUAAUUGUAAUAAUAAUUUAAUGGUAACUUAGUUUUUGAUAGAAAAUGAUUGGAUCAAUUUUUUUUUAAUCGCAGGCAAUCCACUGACUACAGAAGUUUUUAUCCUAGAUGCUUUUCUGUUGAUAAAAGAAAACUUCAGUAGAAAUUUUCUGCAAUGGAAAAGAUUAACAAUUGUCAUUUCCAGAAAUGCCUUGAAACUGCUUGAAUCUGCAAGGCAUAAUUUAAUCUUUCAUAGAAAUCCCUGAAAGAACAAAAUAAAAUAUUUGCAUUGUUCUACCAACAGUAUCUAUUGGGGGGGGGGGGGAGUUUUAAAUAAUCAUAUUUCUUAGUACAUUGACACAUCAGUAAUUAACAAAUACACUUAACUGUAGAAAAUAGUUUAUUUUAUUAUUUUCCAGCAUCUGCUGUGGUCAAGCAGACAUAAUACAUUCACAACCCCAUUUAACUUCUCUUUCAACUGUCCUCUAAAAUUUCUAAUGCUAGAUCUUCAAAAUGUAAAUACAUGUGACUCGUAUGAGUUUUCACUUAGGCAUUUAAGUUGAAUGUGAUCUGAAUUCAAUGUAAUUGUCUCGCUAGUGUUUCUUUACCACACUCUUUUAAUCCAGUAAGUUGUUGCAGCUAGAAAGGCAAAGUGGUAGGCUGGUAAAUAAACAAGAUAGUUUACAGUAGUUUACCAAUGAAUUUCAAAGUGUAUUGGUUAGCUCUCCCUUCAGCAGCUGAAUUGUGAGUUGCAACCUUUGUCAAUGCAAAUUCAUUCCACAUUCCCCAUCUAUAGUACUGCAAGUAAAGAGUGUAUAACCAGAUAGAAAAUAUUUUGUCUUCUUUCCCAAUAUGCAUAUAUUAUUUAUAUUUUUAUUUCAUAACCAAAAACUAACACUGUGGAAUGAGAAAUACAACAAAAAUUUUCUCACCUUAAAGCAAUAACUUCUUGUUUCUCAAGAACGAAAAAUCCUUAAAUUUAAUGAGAAACAUUAAAAUAUUGCCCUAGCAUAGAUAUUAUGCACAAUUUCCCAAUAAAAUUAAGUCUUCACACCUUGACAAGACCUCUAUAUCUUUGUAAGGAGAUUCCAUUUUAAAAAUCAAAUGAGUGGAAUAAAGAAAGAGUUCUUACUCUCAUUCUGUCUUCAAGAUUGAUGUUUGGGAGAACAGUUGAAAAUAGAGUAAACUACCUUGAAGGUUUGGAAGUCUACCAAGAUUGCAACUCUGGUUGCAGCUGUUUGUGCAGGCCUUGUUUUGAUGUUUUGGUUCUUCUUGUGCACUUUAACAUAAUUUAUGGAUAUACUGAAAGAAUGAAGUUACAGAUUGCUCAAUAUUGUAUCAGUGUUGACUUUCAUAGGAAAUAAAUACUUUUGCUCAUUUGAAACUAAGAAAAGCCAUGAAACAAAACAUCCAUUCAGCUGCUCAGACAUAAGUUCCGAUCAUCUGAAGUUGGCAUGUUUGUGCAUGCUAGAUUGGAAGUAUACUUCUGAGUUGUGUGUUUUGUGAAUUGUGUGUAAAUGGAGUGGAUGUAAGUGUUACUGUUAUGCAUCAAUUCUGACUAUUUUUCUGAUGAAAAGAAAAUUGCAUUUUAUGAUAUUUCAUAAUGAUAUUAUAAAAGGUUGAAAAGAUGUGUCAAAUUUAUGACACAUUUGUAUGAAAAAAGGUAUGGAUUGAUAAUGCUUUGUUAUCAUCUGGAUAAUUGCUUAUGCUCUUAUACUGAAAUGUAUGUUGUCAAAUGAAAGUGUAAAAUCUUUUGAGAUCAGCAGAUGUAUUUUUAUUCCAACAUUUUAUUUAUAAAAAAUGAUCAACUGAUUUUAAACAUAGAUUGAAAUUGAAUGUUUGGUUUGUGUUCAUGUGGAAUAAUUAACGUAUUUGAUUAUGCAGUACACAUUAGUGUGAUCAUUGAAGGUAAAGGCUGUGCCUAAUGUUCUUGAAGUAACUUCAGAGUUUAUUUGAAAUGCUUGGCACCAUGAAGUUCCUUAUCUAUUUAAUAGGUAAUUAUGUAGCCUUCAGAAGGUAAGAGAUUACUUCUAGUUAACUUUUUUCAAUUGUAAGUGAAUGUUUUCAAAUCUAUCCUAAUUCAUUAGCAAAGUAUACUUCCAAAAAGAAAUUACCAAAAGAAGAAUACGAGAAAGACUAUGAAAAUUGGAAAAUUAUAAACUAUUUAAUUAGAACUAGUUAAUGGAUUAUGCAAUAGCAUUAUAGUUUGUUAAUUGAGUAUACUACAAUCAUUGGUAUAAUUUUGAUAUAUAUUUAAAUAUGAAUGCUUUAUGAUAAGAUUUCUAUUGUUAAAAUUUUCAGUAUUUGAGAAAGAUGCCCAUUAGUGUAGAGGGAGAUUCUGUCCUUUUUUUUUUUUUUGUUGUUGUUGUUUUUUCUCAAGAUGAGAAUUUACAAGUUCAAGGUAUCUUCCAUACUUAUAAUUCUGAAGAAGGUGAGAGCUUUGUAGUGUUUAAUUUUGUUGAACUACUUGGUCCCAAGCUUUCUAUUAUAUUGUUUUCCUUUAUCUUGUUGGGUGUUUUAUUUUAAUUUUUUUUAUUGUACAUAUGAAAUUAAUUGAUAUUACUAAUGUGUGUUUAAAAACUUCAAAAGUAUUGGAUUUGAAAGUGAGAAAAAGAAAAUACUCAGAGUAUUUCUUUAUGCUGCUGUUAAUCUGGAUAUUAAUAGCAUCUUGUACAUCAUGUUGUUUCAUGCAAAUAAAAAUAAUAUUGAGAGCAUAUUCUUUAAUUUCUACUCCCCAACAUUUUUUUGAAUACAGUAGUUUAACUACAGAUUUAUUGCAAUGGUAAUAAUUCCUUGGUAGGUUAUUUAUUUAAAACUUAGUAUUUACAGCAGUCAUUUUCAUAUUUUAGAUUUUAUGGAAUAUUGUGUUUCUCUUGUCUGUAGCUACAGAGCACAGAUCAUCAAAUUUUUUGUUACAUUCAUUUUGUUUAAUUUUGCUUUCAUCAGAGAAAAUAUUGUGAAAGUAAUUCUUUUCCAUAUAAUUUUAUAAACUGUAACAACUGAAAUAAUUUUGGUUUUAUCUUCUCCCUUAAUUUUCUUAUUUUGAAUUCAGAUUGUUUGGUAUGCCUUUCAAAAGAAAUUGUUCUACAAUUUAAAUAUUGAUAUUGAUCACCUUUUGUGUUAGAAGAAUUGGUUGCAAAAUUAAUCUUUCGUUAAGUUUUUAAAUAUGGUUUGCUUACUUGAAAUCAGGAGUUUUAAAACCAAAAUAUUUUGAAGAUUAUAAUUGGGGAUAUUUUCUUUGUGGAAGUGUAAGUAAAAUAUUUCCCAUUUUGAUGCAUAUUUUUGUAUUGAAUUUAUGGUUUAGUGAAACUCAUAUGUACUAUUUUAUGUACAUAAAAGAGGUGUACACGACUGUCUUCGAGGAAUUAGAUAUAUACAAUUGUAAUGUCUCUUAAUUAAGAAGUAAUACACUUGGAAAUGUUAAUAUUUUCUCUGUGAUGUGUGAAAUGGAAAUGUACUUUAUUGCACUUAAAGUAAUUGUAUCUAGGAAAAAGGACGUACAUUUAUAUCUUCUUUAUUUAAGAACUUUCUCAUGAACAAUCAAAACUAUCAAAUCUUAAAAGAAAAAUUUGUACUAUGUGAUUGAUAUAAUCCUAACAAUGUAGGUGGUUCAAGGUUUUGCUUCUAUUACUGAUUAGCAAUGUACAAGAAAAUCAUUGAGAUUAUUAUUAAAAAAUAUUCUAAUAUAAAUUAUAAUGAUUUUUUUUGUUGUUGAGCAAUAACAUGAAGAUUACUAUUGAAUGUUUUUCAACUAUUAUUACUACUUCAUAAUUUUGACAUUUUUUUGUUAGCUGAAAAUCAAAAUUUGCUCUUGUCGGUAGAAAGAACAAUGAAUGUGAAUAAUUGUUUUCACCAAAAUGGAAAUUUAUUUUCCUUUCAUGUGCCUCAAUGUUAAUAGAAGAUUCUGUUCAAAAAGUCUCGCUCAUAACUUUUAAUAAUGGAAAUGUGAGUGUUGAAAAGCAUUGUCAAACUCCCAAAAUCACAAUGUGUAAAUAUGAAUGUAUUUCCAACAUGUGAACUUUCUGAUAUUGAACAUCCAUUCACAAGGCUAUAAAUGUUUGUUUCAAUAUGACAACUUGUGGAGCAACCUCUAGCAAUCCCACAUUAGAGCUCUUAACUGUGCUGGUAUCAAAGAUCAGCGCUCAACAAGUAUAUCAAUUUGCACUGAAUUUUAAUGUUAACUUGGCCCAAAAGUUCCAAUCAUUCUGGAAUAAAUUCUUGCUGAUCAUAUUGCAAACAUUCUACUUAAGAGACCCUUCUUGAGGAAGAUAUAAAUGAUUUGCUCAAUUUUGGAGAGAGAAUAAAUUUGAGAUAAUAUAAAUGUGCCAUUUAAUCUUGGUGUUGCUGCUAAAACUAUUGUAACUAUAUUAACUUUUUUAAGCAUAAACUAUACUUUUUUAGUUGUAUUGAAUCCAUUUUUAUUCAAUAGUGUGUACUAUAUUCAAAAGUUUCUUAAUUUUUCAACAAUUUCAUUUAGAAAUAGAAUUUCCUAAAUUAUUAGAAUUCUGAAUAUGGCAGGGAACAGAUAGGGCAAACAUCCAGAAAAUAUUAAUCACGAAAAUAGGGGAGACUGAAAUUUCUGCAUUGCCUUACUUCAGGAUGACUCUGGGUAAUUGCCAAAGAAACAUUUUCACCAAGUAGUGUAUUUUCUAUAACUGGAAGCUUCCAAGAAAUGUCUCACAUUUUAUUCAUUUUGUCUGUUCUGAGGUACUACAAUGAAUAUUUUGUUUCUACUUAAAAUAUCAUUUGAUACUCACCGAUAUAAAACUAAUUUCUGUAAUUUGAACUCUGUAUGUCCAAGAGACUGCUUUGUGCUUGUCACCUCCAACAAAAAUAUUUUAAAAUUACGUUUACCAACUAUUUGCUCAUAUUCAAAUUCUUUUUGAUAAGGAUCAUAACUAGAAGUAUUGAGUUCAAGAAAAUGUCUUAGUAUGGCUGAAAAUGCAGUGCUGAAGUGAUAAUUGGUUGAAAUAAGUAUUCAAUAAUUUAGUUUAGAAAAUAAGUUAUUUUUCUUUUACCCAAUUAUUUUAUAGUCUUUUUUUAUUAUCCAGGGAACUUUAUCUUAAAUAACGUUAUAUUCGUUACAAUUAAAUUGAAAGUUAAAGAAUGAAGAUAAUUCUGUAAUAAGUGUAAAUUCACAAGAAUUUUAUUUUAUUUACAGUGUUCUGAAUCAAAAAUUAUGCAAGUAAAAAAAUUCUUCAAAUACUAGGCUAGAUUUAAUAUAAUUUUGGUUAUAUUGAAAAGGAUGAAAAGGGGAGAACAUGUCAUUAAAAUUAAGUUGAAAUCUUAUUGAGAACAUUCAACUUUCAAAUCAAGAUUUAGACUUAGAAAAAAAGAACAAUACAAGGAUAUUACUGCAAAUUUGAAGAUGUAUUUUCAUUUCUUGGUAAAAUUUGCAGGAAAUCAUAGGAAAGUUUGUUUUGUAUAAAAUUUAAGUUUGUAUGUGUAUAUCAAUUUUGCAUCCUAGAUUCUUAAAGGAAAAAUUACCAAGGUUAUGUAUUUAAUACUCUAUUCUGAAAGAUGUAAAGCUAUAGAGUUGUGCCAUAUCUUGAUUCGACGAAUAUAAAGCUCCUUUCAUGUACAUCAUAGGAAUAUACUUUCUAAAGCCUAGAGGUUACCGAUCCAUAAUCUACUGAGGGCUCAGUUGUCUUCAUUAGUGAUAAAAAAAAUGAUAAAUUCUAAAAUGCUAAAUUUUUGCAAUGUUUUAUAAUGCACUAGUUUAAGUUGUAAAACAUGAAUAGAUAUUCAAUUUGGGGUAUCUUUCUUUUUAUGGUUCAUUGUUACAAUAUUUGUGUCCUUAUGAGGGUGCCUGGGUACUAAAGGCUAAAGCAACAGGUUUUUGUGAUGGCAAUAUUCUAGUUUAGUUAACCUACAAGCUGUACUAACAGGUUAAUGCUAGAAAGGCUUACAAGUUGUAAGAGUCACGUUUUAGGAAUUAUCCUUAAAGGAAAUCUAAUAUUUUUAAUUUUAUAAUUAAAGGAUAUAAAAUAUUUCUAAAUUAACAUUUCCUUCAUACAAAAUUAUUUUUUGAGGGGGUAGAUCAUAUCCACUGAAACACCUCCUCAAUCAAUCUCUUAAGUGUACUUUACUCAGGUGUCAAUAAAUAUCUUCAGCCAGAUCAUGAGUUGAUGCUUUAACCCUAGGGCCAGAUUCAUUUUAAAUUAUGCUUUCAUAACUUUAAAGUAUUGAUAAAUUAUAAGAGUUUAUAUAUUUGUCAUAUCAGCAGGCUGAUUAAGCAAGAUAUAUUACCUGUUAAAUAACCACCUAAAAUGUCUAAUGCUUCCAGAAUUUAAUAGUUAAUUAUGAAAAGUGAUAUUAAAGUACAGAUCAUUAGACUUUUAUUAAUAACUGAUUUUUCUGUAGACUUGAAUGUGCCUUUGUUAAUUAAAGGCUCCUAGAUUAAUAUUUCAAAUUUUAUGCUAGUGUAAUAUCAAGUAUCAUGUUUUGUCAAUAUAAUUGUAGUUUGAUUUUAGACAUAAAUUUACUUGUUUCAUUUCUAUUAUUGUGCUCAUAUAGCACCUAGAAUAUAAUAUAUUCAUGUUCUGAUAGUGCCUAAAUUAUAAUUACAUAGUAGAUAUUAAUAAUUCAUCAUCUGAAAAAUUCAAAAUUACCUUUAACUGUUAGAAUUUCUGAGAUGAAAUACAUGCUUUGAUCCUUUAAACAUUCUAAUGUUCAAAAACUUUAAAGAAUUACCUUUAAUUGUAAAUUAAUUCCUUAUUAAAUGUUACAAAAAUAACAUGUUUACAGCCACAUGAUUGAUAUAUUUGUUUGUUGAUGCAAAUUCCUUUAUAAUUCACAUUGAUUAAAAUUUUUAUUCUAAUAAUCAUUGAUUUGUUUGUAUUUAAUACUUGGUAAAUGUUUUUUAAUUGAAUCCAUUUUCUUCUUCAUUUGUGUUUAAUUGCAGGUUGGUGUACAACCUAAUUCUUGGUAUAGUUUGAGUAAUUGUUUUGCAUGCAUGUUAAAACAGCUUCAUUGUUUUGAUGGGUCCAGGUUUCCUCCAUGUAUCAUCAUUAAGUGAGCCCUCUAAUUAGAGAAAUUUUAUGAUAACAAAUGAAACAAUGACACAAUUUUCUUCUAAACCAUUUGUAAAUAAUUUCUAUUGCUGUAAAACUUGUGAAAGUAUAUUUCCUUCUUCUCUAUACUGUACUAUUUACUAAAUACAAACAGUUAAGAAGAGAUAUGAAACAAAAUGAGUUUAGAUUGCAUGUCUCCAAAUGAAAAUACAUUUUUUCAAACAUGUUCAUAUUUUUGAAUGAAUGGACAAUGUAUUUUGUAGUGAUAUCACAUUAAUUAAGUUGUUUAAAUUGUAAUGUGAUUUUUCAAAACUAAAUGUGUUAGGUGAACAAACAAAAUUAGGUAUUUUUAAAGGAAAUAUAUUAAUAUAUUUUCAUGAUUUAUAGUAAUAAAUAGAGUCUAAUGCUCUUAAACAGAAUUUGAAAACAAGUUUAAUAGGCAAUUGUGUUCAUGAACAAACGAGACAACCACUGUUAAAAACACUGUUUUGAAUUCAAAUGCUCUAUAUUUCAACCACUAAACUGUAAUAUUAUAUCUAAAAUAAAAGGCAUUGUUUUAGCAUUUUCUGUCUAUUAAUAUUGUAAUUAUUGGUUGGAAACUACACUAUUGCACAUUUUUAUAUAGAGAUAUAUUUGUACUAAUGAAGUUGUUCUAGUAAAGUCUCUGGAUACAAGUCACAAUUAAUACCACUUCAAAAACAUACAAGAUCACUUUAUUUUGUUAUAAAAUAUCAUUUUAUUUUGUUUCUGUCGCUCAAAUACCUUGGCUUUUAUUACAAUUUCUUCAAUUCAGUAUACAUUUAUUAAUUUGUUUAAUAUAGGAAUUGAUUGUAAUUAUUAAUUGAACUAUAAUUAUUGUUAUUUAUAAAGAAUGACGUAAGGAUAUCGCAGAAACUGACUAUCGCUGAAAUUUCUUGAAUUUGACAUUCUUCCAGCCCCAUCAAAAAUGUUUUGGCUAUUAUGACAAAAUAAUUCAGGUUAUGAAGUCUUGAUUGAUUUCAUGGUAAAAUCUAAUUACAAAUUAUUUUUCUGUAAAUGAAACACCCAAUAAAUUUUUUGUAAGAAUAAAA